UUAGCAAACAUCAUCAUGCUGCCUAAGGUUGUUCUUGUUUUUGCGUCCAUUAUCCUGGUGGCUAGUGGAGCGAAAGUGCCACGGCUAGUGCUAGAUGAUACGUACGUCAACCGAGUGGUUGGUGGUGAAGUAGCUAAGAAUGGAUCGGCCCCAUACCAGGUGUCGCUGCAGGUAUCCGGUUGGGGUCAUAAUUGUGGUGGAUCGCUGUUGAACGAUCGGUGGGUCCUAACGGCAGCUCACUGUCUAGUCGGAAACAAUCCCAGCGAUUUGGUAGUGCUUGUCGGUACAAACAGUCUGAAGGAGGGAGGCGAGCGACUGAAGGUGGAUAAACUGCUGUACCACAGCCGCUACAACCGUCCUCAGUUCCACAACGAUGUAGGACUGGUGCGCCUGGAGCAACCGGUAAAGUUUUCGGACACUGUGAAAAGCAUCGAAUACUCGGAGAAGGAGGUUCCAGUCAAUGCUACUGUCCGUUUGACGGGCUGGGGUCGUACUAGUGUCAACGGACCUGUGCCUACACUGUUGCAGAGCCUAAAUGUCGUCACACUGUCCAACGAAGACUGCAAGAAAAAGAUGGGCAAUCCUGCCAAUGUCGAUGUUGGACAUGUUUGUACUCUGACCAAAGCCGGUGAAGGUGCAUGCAAUGGCGACUCCGGUGGUCCUCUGGUGUACGAAGGAAAGCUUGUAGGAGUUGUGAACUUCGGCGUACCAUGCGGCCUUGGAUAUCCGGAUGGGUUCGCACGGGUGUCAUACUAUCAUGACUGGGUACGCACUACUAUGGCCAACAAUAAAUAGGAACAUGGAUUAGA